AGAAGCUGUAUUGUAUAUACGUAGCCGUGGGUCAGAAGAGAAGUACAGUUGCUCAGCUAUUAAAGAGAUUCACUGAUGCUGAUGCUAUGAAGUACACUAUUAUUGUCAGUGCCACAGCUUCUGAUGCAGCUCCACUCCAGUACCUUGCUCCUUAUGCUGGCUGUGCUAUGGGAGAGUAUUUCAGGGACAAUGGGAAACAUGCCCUCAUCAUCUAUGAUGAUUUAUCCAAGCAAGCUGUUGCCUACAGACAGAUGUCACUGCUCCUAAGGCGACCCCCAGGACGUGAGGCUUACCCAGGUGACGUCUUCUACCUUCACUCUCGUCUCCUGGAGAGAGCAGCUAAAAUGAACGAGGACUAUGGAGGAGGAUCACUCACCGCACUACCUGUCAUUGAGACACAGGCUGGGGACGUGUCGGCUUAUAUCCCGACUAACGUAAUAUCUAUCACUGACGGACAGAUAUUUUUGGAAACAGAGUUGUUUUACAAAGGUAUCAGACCAGCCAUUAAUGUCGGUCUGUCUGUUAGCAGAGUUGGAUCAGCAGCUCAGAUCAAGGCUAUGAAGCAGGUUGCUGGUACUAUGAAGUUAGAGUUGGCCCAGUACAGAGAAGUUGCUGCUUUUGCUCAGUUUGGGUCUGAUCUUGACGCAGCUACCCAGUCCCUCCUCAACAGAGGAGUGAGACUAACAGAACUACUGAAACAAGGACAAUAUGUUCCAAUGGCCAUAGAGGAACAGGUAGCUGUCAUUUAUGCCGGAGUGAGGGGGUAUUUAGAUAAACUGGAUCCAGCCCUAGUCACAUCUUUUGAGUCAUCGUUCCUCGAGCAUCUCCGCUCCUCACAAAAGUCCCUUCUUGACACGAUUAGAAAUGAGGGACAGCUCUCACCAGAAACAGACGAGAAACUCAAACAAGUUGUUCUCUCGUUUAUGGAGACUUUCACUUCUACA